UAAAGGCAUCGGGGGGCACGCGGUAGCGUCUCACUUCCUGGUUGAAGAUGGCGGAUGAGAAUGAGACAGCACCGAUGCCGGAGAAAGAAGAUGUAGAAGACCACGGGCAUUGCAGCGACUGUGAAAAUGAAGAGCACCACUUUGACGACGGCGACAAGGGUCUUGGGGAUGACACUGGGGCCAAGAAGAAGAAGAAGAAGCAGAAAAAGAAGAAGAAGUCAGGUGCCACAGAAGCUGUACAGGACCCCCUUGCCAAGGUGAACUCAUUGCCAGCUGAUAAGCUGCAGGAGAUCCAGAAGGCCAUUGAACUGUUCUCUGUAGGCCAAGGCCCUGCCAAAACCAUGGAAGAGGCAAGUCGGAGGAGUUACCAGUUCUGGGACACACAGCCUGUGCCCAAGCUAGGGGAGAUGGUGACAUCACAUGGCUCCAUUGAACCUGACAAAGACAACAUUCGAGAAGAGCCAUACAGCCUUCCACAGGGCUUCAGCUGGGAUGCCCUCGACCUGGGGAACCCCACUGUGCUCAAGGAGCUUUACACCCUUCUCAACGAGAACUACGUAGAGGAUGACGACAACAUGUUCCGAUUUGACUACUCCCCCGAGUUCCUGCUCUGGGCUCUGCGCCCCCCUGGCUGGUUGCCCCAGUGGCAUUGUGGGGUGAGGGUCAACUCGAACCAGAAGCUGGUGGGCUUCAUCAGUGCCAUUCCCGCCACCAUUCGCAUCUAUGACAUGGAAAAGAAAAUGGUCGAGAUCAAUUUCCUCUGCGUCCACAAGAAGCUUCGCUCCAAACGAGUCGCCCCAGUUCUGAUCAGAGAGAUCACCAGACGGGUCAACCUGGAGGGCAUUUUUCAGGCUGUUUAUACUGCUGGGGUGGUGCUGCCCAAACCUGUGGGCACUUGCAGGUACUGGCAUCGCUCUUUGAAUCCACGCAAGCUGAUUGAGGUGAAGUUCUCUCAUCUGAGCCGGAACAUGACCAUGCAGCGCACCAUGAAACUGUACCGUUUGCCUGAGGCUCCCAGGACAUCGGGUCUGCGGCCAAUGACGAAGAAGGACGUGCCAGCGGUGCAUCGCCUGCUUCGGGAGUAUCUGAGUCAGUUCCACUUAGUGCCUGCCAUGAACCCGGAGGAGGUGGAACACUGGCUGCUGCCCCAGGAGAACAUUAUUGACACCUACCUGGUGGAGAACGAUGGCAAGGUGACUGAUUUCCUGAGUUUCUACACACUGCCCUCUACCAUUAUGAACCACCCUGUGCACCGCAGUCUAAAAGCAGCCUACUCCUUCUACAAUGUGCACACCGUCACCCCCCUGCUGGACCUGAUGUCUGACGCCCUCAUCCUGGCCAAAUCGAAAGGAUUUGAUGUCUUCAAUGCACUGGAUCUAAUGGAAAACAAGACUUUCCUGGAAAAGCUUAAGUUUGGCAUUGGCGAUGGGAAUCUUCAGUAUUAUCUGUACAAUUGGAAGUGUCCCAGCAUGGGGUCAGAAAAGGUUGGCUUGGUGUUGCAGUGACAUCCCCUUAUCGCCCCAAACUAGUGUCACCAACAGGGCAGGAGACCACACCAACGCACUGACCACCUGACUGAUGGACUGAUUGACUUCCUGCUUCAGGAACGGAAACCCACCGCCCAUUUUUACUUUUUGACCUUUUGAACUUUGACCUGCACUACCGCUGCCAGGCAGGGAGCUGGAAGAGUCGGUCCCUCCUCCCGCUCUUCCUCCUCCCUCCAUUACACGGACCUUAAGCCAUUGUAGUUAACCAUCCCAAACAACUGUAUUACAUCUGGGGCUGUCUCGAUUGUACCAAACACACACGCACACACACAGACAUACACAGACGGUUUGCACAUAUAACUGUAUACCAAAUGCUCACUGUUGGCAUACUGACAAAACAUACAAUAUGUAAAUAAUAACAAAAAUAACAGCAAAUCAUCCCCUAACACAUACACACUAGAUCCUAAUGUUUUAUUUUAUCCCUACGUGUUGGAAGCGCUUUUUGCAAUGGAUUAAAUGUCAUCCUUAAGUUUUAGAGAAAAAAAAAAUCAAAAUGAUCCAAAAAUAUUUUAAAAAUAAAAAAAAGCUCACAAAGAUGAGGUAAUAGAUACCAAAAGUGGACGCAAGACAAGGGCUUCAGUCAAGAUAUUUUGUUUUGUUUUGUUUUUUUGUUUCACGCUUGAACCUGCAGGUUUGCCAUCAAGCCCUCUGUUUUAAUAGUUGAGUUGUUUCAACACUCUGCUUGCUGAAGAUGUAUGUGCCGGAUUUGGCAUUCCCUGUUUGGAAUACUUCUUCCCAUCUGUAUUAACUGUAACGACCCACUCUCCAGCUUUCCACACAAACAGAAGAAGCCCGGUUCUGGUGAAAACAAAACACAGACUGAUAACAUGGACCAGAUCAGUCGGGGAGGAGAGUCAGUAUGGACAAAGGUGGACAGUCACGGCGAGGCUGAAGGGGCUCUGGUGGAGUUUGCUGAAUGCAUUCAUCAGCAGGGACUGGGUUUCCGAUGACACCUCUUGAAUCGAGCAUGAAAGCAGUCAGGAGCUCCAGGACAUUGUGCAGGGUGGGUGGGACUGGGGACAUGCCUCACUUAAAGUGUUUCUUAUAUAAAAUGUCGGUGGAAUUGCAACCAGAUGUGAAAGAAAUGGGUCCCAUGGUGUUAAUGAUGCAGGGAAAGAAUGUGAAGAUGCAGGUGAAAAUUUUUUUUUUGAGCAAAAAUAAAAUCUAGAAGUUGCUGUGA